GUGCGGCGUGCUUAACUUGGUGACACGUAAAGCACAGAGUGUGGCUACACCACGCGGCCGUUAACCCUGCUUGAAUAGUCGUGUCUGCAUGUCGAAUUGCCCCGCAGCCGACAGUAAACUCAGACAAUUGAAUUGUAAAUAGUGUUGUGAAGGUUGGAAAAUCCAUACGUUUACUGCACUUGCCGGAACCCCGACUUUUAAUUUCGGGAGCCGAUUGCAGCUGCUACAACUUAGUGGAGAAGGAUGACGGCCGAAGUUGUGGAAGAUGAAGCCGCCUUCUACUCCAAGGCAGAGAUGUACUGGAAGGAGAUCCCUCCCACGGUGGAUGGCAUGCUGGGAGGCUACGGAGACAUCUCCAACGUUGACAUAACCGGUUCCAAGAAGUUCCUGCAGAAAUUCCUGGGGGAAGGUGCUGGUAAAACGGGGACAAGCUGCGCCCUGGACUGUGGAGCGGGUAUUGGCCGAAUUACAAAGCGGCUCCUCCUGCCUCUCUUCCAGAUGGUGGAUAUGGUGGAUGUCACCAAAGAGUUUCUGGCGAAGGCCAAGUCUUACUUGGGCAAAGAAGGAGAACGCGUUGGCAACUACUUCUGCUGUGGCUUACAGGACUUUCAUCCCCAGCAGGGGCGUUAUGAUGUCAUCUGGAUUCAGUGGGUCAUAGGUCAUUUGACGGACGAACAUUUUGUCCAGUUUCUGCGUCGUUGUAAGCUAGGGCUAAAGCCGAAUGGAAUCAUCUGUAUCAAGGACAAUGUGGCUCAUGAGGGAGUCAUAAUGGAUGACGUGGACAGUAGCGUAUGUCGUGAUCUGCCUUCUGUUCAUCGCAUCGUGAAGGAGGCUGGCCUGCAAAUCCUAGCAGAAGAGAAGCAGGACAAUUUUCCCGAGGAUAUUUACCCAGUGCAGACUCUAGCCCUUAGAUAGGGGGAAUUGCGCUUUUUAGUGACAUCAGGAACAAAGUGUGUCUAUAGCACAGCUCAGAUUCAUAAUCAGGUUAACAGGACUGUAAAGAAGCUACUUUAAAAAGAAGAGAAUGGAGCCUAAAAAGAAGAAAAGUAAAUGCAACAUUGUGAAUCAACUAUGUGUGACUGUGGAUCUCAGUCUGCUGGAGGGCACUGCCAACUGAUUUAGCCUAACAAAUUUCAACAGGAGAGCAUAACUAAGCAACUCUUUGGCCUCCCGACAGCAUAGCCGCCUUCCCUGAGGACCACCUAUAAAAACCAGAUUCAUCAAGCCAUCAAUGGUGUGGGGGGCUUCUCUGGAGUGUCUGUCUGUUCUCCUCAAUAAAGAUCAAAAUAUUCCAGA